UCCGGCUUCAGUUGGGAACACUCAUCCGGGAGGAAACAUGCGGGCAGUCGCUGAGCUGUGGGUCCUACUGGCUGCUCUGGUGGCCGGCGUCCUGUCCGAACUGGUGACGCUGGUGCAGGAGCGGGUGAAGCCGGAGUCCCCUGUUCUGCCGCCGAAGGUUAUGAUCGCCAUCCUGGCGCGGAACGCAGCGCACAGCCUGCCGCACCACCUGGGCUGCAUCGAGAGGCUGGAGUACCCGAAGGAGCGCAUAGCUAUCUGGGCAGCAACAGACCACAAUGUGGACAACACCACUGCUAUGUUAAGAGAAUGGCUGAAAAGAGCACAGCGUGUUUAUCACUACGUGGAGUGGAGGCCGAUGGAGGAAUUUAGUUCCUACACAGAUGAGUGGGGUCCGAAACACUGGCCUCCUUCCAGAUUCAGCCACGUCAUGAAGCUGAGACAGGCGGCCCUGAAGGCUGCCAGGGAACGAUGGGCCGACUACAUACUGUUUGUUGACAGUGACAACCUGCUGACCAACCCCCGAGUGCUGAGCCUGUUGAUGGCCGAGAACCUGACGCUGGUCGCCCCCAUGUUGGAGUCUCGCUCUCUCUAUUCCAACUUCUGGUGUGGUGUCACCCCACAGGGUUACUACAAGCGAACCCCGGACUACCAGCCCAUCAGGGAGUGGAAGAGGCUUGGCUGUUUCCCUGUUCCCAUGGUGCACAGCACCUUUCUUUUGGAUCUUCGGCGUGAAUCCAGCCGGGACUUGGCUUUCUACCCACCUCAUCCGGACUACAGCUGGGCCUUUGAUGAUAUCAUGGUGUUUGCCUUCUCGGCACGUCAAGCAGGCGUGCAGAUGUAUGUGUGCAACAAGGAACACUAUGGCUUCCUGCCCGUCCCUCUCAAAGCUCAACAAAACGUGGAGGAUGAAAAGGAGAGUUUCAUACACACCGUCACAGAAGCUCUAAUUGAACACGACAUCGAUCCUUCUCAGUACGUCUACGCACCACUGUUGCCCCCGGAUACAAUGGGCUUUGAUGAAAUUUUCCUGAUCAACUUGAAACGGCGGCUGGACAGAAGGACCAGGAUGCUGAAAACAAUGGCCUCCCUGGGCAUUCAUGGCACAUUGAUUGACGCCGUGGACGGAAAAGCUCUGAAUACAUCCCAGCUGCAGGCACUGGGAAUAGAGAUGUUGCCAGGCUACAAGGAUCCAUAUUCUGGUCGCGUCCUCACCAGAGGAGAGAUCGGCUGCUUCCUGAGUCAUCACUCCAUAUGGAAACUGGUGGUUGAGCGUGGCCUCCAGAAGGUCCUUGUUCUGGAGGAUGAUGUGAGGUUUGAGCCCAGGUUUAAACGAAGGCUUCAGGCUAUAAUGGAGGACAUAGAAAAAACCCACCUGGACUGGGACCUCAUCUAUGUGGGAAGGAAGCGUAUGCAGGUACAGCAGCCCGAGCAUUCAGUGGAAGGUGUGAACAACCUGGUUGAAGCCGACUAUUCCUACUGGACCCUCGCUUACGCUCUCUCACAGGAGGGGGCUCGAAAGUUACUGGCAGUUCAGCCUUUAACAAAGAUGCUGCCUGUCGAUGAAUUUCUACCCAUCAUGUUCAACAAACAUCCAAAUGUUCAGUAUAUGUCCCAUUUUGAGCCACGGAACCUGAAGGCUUUUUCUGUGGAGCCAUUGCUGCUCUAUCCCACCCAUUACACCGGAGAGCCAGGCUACAUCAGCGACACCGAGACUUCCACCAUCUGGGAUGACGACGCCAUCGCCACCGACUGGGACCGGCAGCACGCACGCAAAACAGCCCAGCAGGGCCGUAUCCGCCCCGUAGCACAGAACACCGUCACCGGAGACUCCCCGCCUCCUGCUGCCCGAGCCUCACGCGAUGAGCUCUGAUAAAGACCCAGGAGAGUCUCUGAAUGUCCCACAUAUCCGCACUUAAAAAGAACCUGGAGCUGACAUAUUGCACAGGCAUUCACACUGAUAAAACUGGUGGAUUAUGGCAGAAAUGAGAUGAGCCUCGUAUCUGCUGCCUGUGGAAGGGACGAAGCAAGCAGAACCCGGGACGAGGGCCAGCAAGCCUUCUACAAAGAGCUUUAUUUAUUCUCCAUGUGGGUUUUUCGUGCAUGGAUCCAGUUACGGCCUGAAAACUUUACAAGGAAGUCAUGACAACAUGUACAUGAUGUGAAAAGAAAAGGAAAAAAA